GAUGAGAUUUAAGGGGGGCAUAAUAGCGUUAUUUCUCGGUGUUAUAGUUGUGUAUUACACCAAUCGAAAGACUCCAACAAUAGAACUUAUUUCUCUCAACUCUUCGUAUGAUUACAUUAUAUUGGGCGCUGGAUCAGCAGGAUGUGUCCUCGCUAACAGACUUUCGGAAGAUCCAGGGUCAUCGGUGCUUAUUUUAGAAGCUGGGGGUUCCGAGACUGAAAACGAAAACAUAAGUAUCCCAAUUGCUACAGGAAGUGUUCAGUUAUCGAAUCAAGACUGAAUGUUUAAAUCUAAACCCCAAAAGAAAGCAUGUCUUGCAAUGCGGAACAAGCAAUCUUCUUGGCCAAGCGGAAGAGUACUUGGGGGAACAAGUAAUUUGAACUUCAUGCAAUAUGUCCGCGGCAGUCGCCAUGACUACGAUGGCUGGGCCAGAGAGGGAUGUAAAGGAUGGAGCUAUAAAGAUGUUCUCCCGUAUUUCAUUAAAUCUGAAGAUAUACAAAUCCAAGAGCUUCAACACUCAGGCCUUUACACAUUUCCACAAAAAGAAAUUGGGGGAUUACAGGAACCAAAAGCCAAUAUCCCAUUGGUUGCAGAUCUGCCAGUAGGGGAGAAUUUGCAGGAUCAUGUUAUGACGUUUUUAGAUUUUCAUUCGAAUACUUCGAGCGUGGCAACCGCGGCCAAACUUUUGUCACCAAUGAAUUUGAUAAAAUACUUGUUUUUUAAGUCAGGGAUGUUAAGCAAGUCUCAUCUGGAGGGUACGGCGUUUUUGGCAGAGGACAAAAAUCUCCCACCAUCACUUCAGUUCCAUUUUUACAGCCUUUUGACUGAUCCAGCCUAUGUAGAUAUUUUUUUGGAUAAUUUGAAUUUAGACAAAAAGCUACGGGACGGCAAACAGAAAGAAUUAAAGAGGAACUUAGAGGGAAAUAGAGAGGCCUUUUUUGCUGUUCCCAUUCUUCUUCAUCCAAAGAGUAGAGGGACCAUACGUCUUCAAAGUGAUGACCCAUUUGAUCUGCCUAUUAUUGAUCCAAACUAUCUCGACCACCCAGAUGAUAUAAAAACACUCUUAAAAGGAGUACGAGAGAUACUAAGGCUAGGUGAUAUUUCGGCAUUCAGGUCAAUUGGUGCCUCGUCACAGGAUCCAUUGGAGUCCUACACCCCUCAAUGUGACGAACUAAAACCAGGAUCAGACGAGUACUGGAUCUGUAGACAUUUCACUUAUACAGCUUAUCAUCCAACAUCCACAUGUCGAAUGGGAGCCAAGAAUGAUAAAACAGCAGUGGUAGAUCCUGAACUAAGAGUGAGAGGAGUCCAAAACCUUCGAGUCGUCGAUGCUUCCGUCAUGCGCAAUGUGCCCUCCGGAAAUACAAAUGCUCCAACGAUAAUGAUUGCAGAAAAAGCUGCGGAUAUGAUAAGAAAUAUAAACAGUGUGAAACCCAUCAGAAAGAGAACUGAUAAACUUUGACUAGUGUUGUACAAUUAGAAACAUUUUACUUGUAAUGUGAGG